AUGGCCGAGAAGGGGAAGAAGGACGAGCUCACUUGGAUGCACGUCAUUGUUCGUGUUUUCCUAAACUCAACGACACAUCCUAUUGAAUAUGCAAAAGUUCUCAUCCAGGAAAUGGUCCCCGGUGAAACCCCUGGCUUGGCCAUUAACCCCCGGAACCAAAAAUUUAAGAAAAAGUGUUUUGCCCGGGGAAGCGUUUUUUAUUUUUCCAAGUUUUUUUUUGGAUACAUUGCGCACAUCAAGAAGCGCGAUGGGUUCCUGGGCUGCUACAGGGGCUUGACCCCAAAGCUGGCAGCAAACAUCGUCAGUGGAGUGGCCUUCCAGAGAGUCACCGAGAAUAUCCAGUUUAAGGAACUGGAUGGAGAAGUAAAUAUUGAAGAACUGAACAUGAAGCAGCGCACACAGAGGUUCCUCCAGAAUACUGCAAGGGAAUCAGCUGGCCGUGCUGCUGCCAUAUUUGUGUCACAGCCUUUCCAUGUCAUUGCAGUGCGUAGCAUGGCAGAGUUUGUGGGCGAGGAUGGACAAUAUGUAGGAGUGUUCACCUCGGUUGGCGUGAUCUACAGAGAGCAGGGCGUAAAGGGCUUCUUCUGUGGCUUGAUACCCCGCCUACUGUGUGACUUGGCUGCGCUCUGGCUGGGUAAGACACUCGCCCACGUCAUCAACAACUACCUCGUGGAAGAUAAGGACCUCAAGCAGUAUGUGUCGGCGUCGAUGAACUUCCUUGCCUCCGCCCUCACCUACCCUCUGCAGGUGGUGUCGAACUGCAUGGCCGUCAGUGGCUCUGGGCUUGUAGCUGGCUCCCCCCCUAACAUGCCCAUAUAUGAUGGCUGGAUUGACUGCUACCGCCACCUCAAACAGAUCCGAGGGUUGAAGCGCGGAUCGUCCAUGCUUUGGCGAGCAUACACCGGCCCCACUAUCAUGCUCGGUGGCAGCCCAGCCAUUGCCACAAAUAGCAUGUUUGCCGCACCAGCCUCCUCCUAGUUCAGUCAUGAAGCGAGAGAAAGAGAGAGAGAGAAGAUGAAGAGAGAGGUUCAUGCAUAAAUAAAUAGGUGAAUAGAUAUAAAGGCCAGUUUCAACAACAGCGAAAAAUUAUCUGUAGGACCUGACUGCAGAGGUGGAAAAGGCUGUGGAAAUUUUAAUAUCAUUCCCCACCCCUCGGUUUGCCUUCCUAGUCCGUACCCCUUUAUCAACAUCCCAUUCCACCUCCUAUGCGUUCUCUAGGUACAUUUGAUGAUGAUUUGUCAACCUCUUACGGCAGUUGGAUCCAUCAUCACGUGUAGAAGGCUACAGCGGAAAAAAAAAAUUCACCAAAGUUAAGAAAAAUUAUUCAAAACUUAACCCUGAGAACAUGCAUUCAGUGAACGUUUAUAGUCAGCCUUUGUGCAGCCUGUUGUUAGCAUUCGUUCAUUUAGCUUUGGAUUUGGAUUCCAGUGAAUGGGGUUCAUAAUGUGUGGUGACUGAAACUCAUUUGCGUUCACAUUAUCCCUUACUGUAUGUGGGUCGCUAUCCACUUGCUCUAGCAAAUGUGGUAACCGUCUGCGUUAAGUAUGUCAUAGAGAGAAAACACUGAUUUACUAAGCAAUCUAUUUUUUUUUUUUUUUUUUUUAGUCAGGAAUAAAGUUAUGAUCAAUUUCACCUGCAGGUGUAGUUUCAGAAAGGUAAUUACUUAACUGUGAGAAAACUUGAUAUUGUACAUGAUAUAAUAAAUAUCAUUUUGUUUACUAAAUUUAAUCGAUCUUCAAUGUAAGACUUCAAAAAAUUACUUUUCUUUUCAAGGGUAAUUUUCUCAUAUUCAGUAUUUUCCUCUCCUUAUUUUUGUAUAGAAUAUAACAGAUGUCACAUUUUUGGUACUUGUAUCUAGAAAGCAUAUUGAGGCUGAUGGUGGUUUCUGUAGCAGUGAACCUCAUCUUAAAAUAGUGAACAAACUAAUGUUUUUGUUCCAGGUAAUGUUAGUUAUCACCUUUUUUUUUUUCCUCUUAUUUAUUAGCCAUUCGAACACAGUACAGCAUCCUACCUUUAUUUCAGCACCACACUCAAUAGGCCUGUUGCAAGAAGCUCCCCUAGAACAUGUUAUUUGUACGUAGCUGCCUCCAGUCAAUGGGAGAAAAAAAGGCACUGGAAGAACGAAACAUGCCUUUAGAUAGAUGAAGUUAUAUGUAUUCAAUGCUUUGCCGGGACUCGAUAGGUGUAAAUAGUAGUUCUAUAUAUAGCCCUCCCCAAGUUGUGACCAGGCUAUAUGAAAUGUUACAGUGUUGUGGAUAUGCUGGUAUCUUUAUUGUUUGUUUGUUUUUUUUCUUUUUCCUUCUUUUAACCACAACCGACUGACUAUUAUGGAAUGUAAUUAAAGGACCAGUUGAGAAAACAAAAGAGUUCAGAAGAUAAUGAUUGUAAUCAGGAAGGGUUUGAGUGUAGAUCACGUGUAUGACUUUAGCCCAGUCUGAUAUUCUGUUUAUAAUUGUUAUUUUGUCAUCUACUGUUGUAGAAGUAAUUAAAAGCAUUGAACUAC